UAUAAUGAGAUAAAAUAUAUUUUAGGUAUUUAUGUUUAUUAUUGAAUUUUUAAAUAUGAUGGUUUCUAUAUAUAUCUACAUAAUAUCGAAUCGCAACUGAUAACCUUAUCUACUGUUAUUUUUGUUUAGUUAAAUAAGAAAUAAUGCAACAUUUUAUACCUAGAUAAAAAAAUACUAUUAUGUAAAUAAUACUACAAAACAUGCUCUAUCCUUUUGUAUAAGCAAUUAUAAGCUCGCGCAAUUCUUCAUUGGCGUUGUGAAAUUUUUAAAUUGAGUAUUCAAACAAUAAUAUACUAUAAGUUAUUUUAAUUUAAGAACAAUUAUUCUAUAACAACGGAGACGGUAAAACACUUGAUUUUUGUAACCUGUACGUGACGCGAUUAGAUCGAGACUUUUGUGAUAUUAAAAUAUAACCAUAUUGUUUAGCAGUGUAUCUAAUAACACGUAAAUCACAGACUAUAAUUAAUUUUUAAUUAUUUAACUGGCCAGUGAUAAUGAAAAAUAAUGUUCCUAAAAGCCAUUAGUUGAUUAAAAAAUGUGAGGUGUAAUUUUUUUUAAAUGUACCAUAGGCCAAGGUGAAAAAGUGUAAAUUAAUAUGGGCAUGUACAUUUUUAUAUGUGGAAAAAAUACUAUUUUGCGUAUAACGUUGUUAUUACUUUUUUUAUUAGUGUUUGUUAGUGGUUGCUAUAAUUCGGGAUUGGAUUUUCUCACUGAGGAUAUUUUACCAGCCCUGUGUCCGCUUUUAGCUGAGACUACUUCGAUAAUUAAGGAUAUUUUUAAAUCAAAUACAAUAGAAGACGGGCCAAUAACAUCGGAUCUACUAUCGGAAUGCGUUCGAUGUGGCCGUGAAAUCUCCCGGCAGAAAACCAAACGAGGCAACCAGCUGGUUAACAGCGGUAUCACCCUAGACGUGUACCCGCCAGGUCUCAUGCAUUUCUUCCCGCCGUCACUGCCUACUGAUGUGAAAAAGGCCUCGGCAGCGUCCCAGGAGAUACUCGCAGCUACUAAGCUGAUGCAAAUGAGAAUAGCCAGUUCAGGUGCGACUCCUAACACCUUCCUGUCGUUCCUCGAGCAUCAAGUUAUCAGGAUCCAGGACGGUUCCUCCUGCAAGCCCGUUCACAUUACCUGUCACAACUCGAAGUACCGCAGCAUAGAUGGCACAUGCAACAACCAGCGGCGGCCGGCGUGGGGCCGGAGCGGAGCACCCUUUACAAGGAUAGCCACCCCACGGUAUGCGGAUGGAAUAUAUACCAUGCCAGUAGCAAAGAGCGGUCGUCCUCUUCCAAACCCUCGAGUGCUCUCCACGCAGAUGUUCUCCGACCAACAGAUUGCCAGCCGCGUCUUCAAUUACAUGAACAUGCAAUGGGGCCAGUUCAUCACCCACGACCUGAUGCUGCAGGUCAUGGAAGCUACGGAUGAAGGUGGUAUCCAGUGCUGUCUCGGCGAAGGCGUUGAAGUACUUCACUCUGAGUGGCAAAAUGACAAUUGUAUACCGAUUUCCGUUCCCGAGGAUGACCCCUUUCACCGUUACCACGGAAUAAAAUGUCUAAAUCUAGUCAGAAGCGUCACUACGCCAAGGGACGAUUGUAGUUUGGGAUACGCGGAACAGAUGAACACAGUAACGAGUUAUUUAGACGGCUCUCCCAUUUAUGGUUCGGAUAAGAAGUUAGCAUCGCGGCUACGAAGCAAGUCCGGCGGCAGACUACGCCAGGAGACGAGGGAGAACUGCAAGCGGGGAUUCUUGCCGUCUGUGGAUAAUAAGUCAGCUGUAUGUGACCUGAGGAAUACAACCGAACCUUGUUACCUGGCAGGUGACGUGAGAAUAAACCAAACUCCUACUCUAGCACUCCUCCAGACGCUCCUUCUGCGGGAGCAUAAUCGUGUAGCUGACAUUCUAGCCUCCCUGAAUCCACUGUGGCCAGACGAGAAGAUCUAUCAGGAGGCGCGGAAGAUCGUUAUAGCUGAGAUACAGCAUAUAACUUAUCAGGAGUGGUUACCUCUUAAUUUUGGUGAGAGCUACUACCGCUACUACAGGAUCUCACCGUCUACUCUCUACAGCCACGAUUAUAACGAAGACGUUAACGCUGGCGUCAUCAACGGCUUCGGAGCGGGCGCCUUCAGGUUCCUCCACUCCGUCAUACCGGACUCUAUUAUGACCUGCCCGUGGAGCUACCAUGCAGCGUACUUGUAUAAAUUAAGCGAUCACUACUUUAACCCGAGUCUUCUAGAAUAUUCUUCGGAGUCGUUCGACGACGUAGUACGUGGGAUCAUCGCGCAGCCUUGCAACGAGGCUGAUCCCUUCUGCACGGAGGAAAUCACCAACCAUUUGUUCAAAUCUCGCAACCAUUGGGGACUGGAUCUCAUCGCUAUGGACAUCCAGAGGGGGAGGGAUCACGGUAUCGCUUCUUAUAAUGACUACAGAGAAAUAUGUGGUUUGACAAAGGCGACGACUUUUCAAGAUUUUUCCGGUGAAAUAUCACAAGAUCGUAUAAACGCCCUAGCACAAAUGUAUGAGAGUGUGGACGAUGUGGAUUUGUUCGUGGGUGGCGCGAUGGAGCGCAGCGUCCACGGUUCGAUGCUCGGCCACACGUUCCAGUGCAUUGUGGCGGAGCAGUUUUACAGGACGAGGAUAGGAGAUAGAUUUUUUUACGACAACGCCGAGAUGCCUCAUUCGUUCACGUCAGAACAACUGCAGCAAAUAAAGAAGGCGUCGAUGGCCCGGCUGAUUUGCGACAACACGGACCGCGUGUACUACGUGCAGCGGCGCGCCUUCGAAGUGGAGAACUCAUUCAAUCCCAAGUACAGUUGUGACGACUACAACGCCAUACCCUACGUCGACCUCACCACGUGGAGGGCGCCCACCUUGUUCGAUUUAUAAAUUUUACAAUUUAUUCAUUUCUGUUAUUUUUACACGUCUAUUUGUCUCUGCCUGGCCAUAGAUAAUAUAAUAUUAUACUGGUAGCUUCGCCUUAUCCAAUUUCAUUAGUAUUGCCAGUGUAUAACGAUAGUGAAUGCGUCUGGGGUUACCAUUUUUAUCAUUCACUGUUUCCUGCAGCUUUGGUUGCUUCAAUUAGUAUAUGUAGUUAUCCUUAGGAUACCUAUACUACAAAUAUAACCUACUCAUAUACUAAAUUUCAUUCAAAUUCUUUCAGCCAUUUAAGCAUGAUUAAUAAAUAACCAAUAAUAAAAACAUAUUUAUAAAUUUCCAUAUUAGUCAACGUUUGAAAAGAGCAUAUACCUUCCUGAAAGGCU